AUGUCUGGAAUUCUUAUCUUUUUAUUUCUUCUUGUUCACACACCUCCAUUAAUUAUAUCCAAAACUCCAACAAUACAUAAUUGUCAAGUAGAAUCUUACACAGAAACUAUAAAUCUACAAAAUUGUUUAAAUACUCCAUUAUCAAUUGAAACAACUCGUUGUCGUGGUCAAUGUUAUUCAGAAGAUUAUCUCGUUUAUGAUUGGCAAUAUGCACCAACACAUUAUCGACAUAAACAUCAUCUUCAUUGUUGUUCACCAAAAAAUACCAAACCACAUGAAAUUCAAAUAAUGUGUGAAAAUAAAAAACCACGAACAAUCCAAUAUCGGAUUGUGACACAAUGUGAAUGUAAAUUAUGUAAUGACAGAUGUAUGGAAUGA